UACACUUAUAUUUCGUGGCUGUGCCCUUUUUCAAUUCUGAGACACAGGGUGACUGGAAUGGAAUUUCGAGUAUCCCGUUCGUAAAUUGAUAUCGUCAAAAAUUUAGCCCUGUGGUCAGUCCUGCCCAAUACUCGUAGGCAGGACUAAACCCUAUGUUUGGUCCUGCCCAACAAUGGGCAAACGCCUUGUAGCCCUGUUUUUGGUCCUGCCUCACAAUAGAAGAAAACAAUGGCACUCCUGCCCUUCAGAAAUGGCAGGACCUCAGGUCCUGCUCUGUCACGAAGGCAGGACCUAGACUUUGGAGCCCUAUGUUUCGGUAUAAUUUGUUGAUUUUCUGCACCGUGGUCACAGGUCACAAAGAAUUUUCACUCAGGCCAUAGUCAGGCUUAACUAUUUUGAAAUCAUGGAUAAAACUAACUGUAACCGUCAUGAUUCUGCUGUUGAAGAAGUUUUGCUGCUAGAAGCUUCGGCCGUCGUCACUUGAUUUAUACAAGAAUCAAUCGUUUCAAGACGAGUGGUACUUAUGGAAAUAAAAUUGUUUAGAGUCGUUCUGUUGGUCCUAUUUACUGUUAUAGGUCAAGAAUAUCACAGACAUCGCGAGAAACCUGACAUUUAAUAGUUUUCUCUCAGACUGCAGAGAGCAAAGGAAGUCAUAUUCGAAGGCCUAUUAUAAACAGUAGAAAAAGUUAGCAGCCGCUGCCGAGAGAGAAUCUUCGUUUUUUUAUACCAGGAAAGUCGAGAUCGAGGGGAGAUGAAGUGUGCAUGACAGAAAAAAGGCUUGCUUAAAUUUAAUUUCAGCAGUUCGUCCUCCUGCCUUAAACAGGAACUACCAUACAAUUCAGAGGUCCCGAUGAAAAGGACGCUUUGAAAAGGAUGAAAAGGAAAACCAUGGUAAUUACUGGGAGCUUUUGUACUCGGCGACUCAGAUUGUAUUGUACUGGCAAAAUGUCAGGGGUCUCCUUUGAUAUUCAAAACAAAUUGAUUCAAGACCCUAUUUACCGUGCAUCAGACAUAUCCAUGUUGUGACAAAAUAUUUUUACUUUUUUUAAAUAAUUUGAAUCAAUUAUGUUUCCAGUUUGUAUUACAACUGUAUAUGCCUAUCUGUACAAGCAAUUUCUUUUUAGUCAAUGAUUUCAAAAUUUUCAACCAAUGAAAACAUUUUCUAAUGUUACUUAUUUUAGAAAGAACUUUUGUGAUGCUCUUUUGACAAGGAUCCGAACCUUCAUCCCCUUUUUUCCAAAAUGUGGCAGUGAAGAAUGUUUCACUGCAAUCUUGAUUUCAACAUAUCCAGAAGGGCGUUUCCCCCUUUUCCGAGGGUCUCUAGGGCGUGGCUUCACGCGAUUUUUCUGGGGCCGUAGCCCCCAGACCCCCUUUGGGCAGGACCACCUGUUCUUGGUCAGCUUCGCCACUGCACUUGAACGGUAACAUUUGCGUCAUCAACAACUAAGAAUAGGGAUGUGUCAUCAGCAUAAAGCUUAAUUCCACACGUAAUGUUGCUGACUAUAUCACUUAUGUAAAUUAGAAAUAAUAGCAGGCCAAAGACUGAUUCUUGAGCUACCACUGCCAAGUUCGAUUCCCACUUUGAACAAUUCCCACUUAAAGCAAUGUAUGUAGAUGAUGGACUGGUUGAUGCAAAACAGGGUGAAGGUAAGGUAAAUAACUGCUUACAGCAUCUACAGGAGGAGUUUCAAAUUACAUAUUCACCAGCCAUAUAUUUUCUAAGUUUAGAAAUAAAACAUUUGGAUGAUGGAAGAACACUACAUAAGCAGAAUAUUUGAAAAGUUCAAAAUGGAAGAUUGUAAUUGUGUUAGUACUCCAGUUAGUACUCCAAUCUGGCUGUGAGCAGUCUGAAGAUGAGAGUGAUCAUCUCCCAAAUGAGCCCUAUCGUGAAGCUGUUGGUAGCUUGAAUUAUCUUGCUGUGUGUGCCAGACCAGAUAUUGCAUAUGCAGUAAGUUUAGUGUCACAAGUACUGGAUAUGCCAACCAAAAUGCAUUGGAAAAUGGACUGGGGCACCCGAUUCUAACAGAAUAUCCCAAUCGUUAAUGAAGCCUAGCACAAGCGGAUGCUGUCGAGUGCGUUCCUGCAGAUAUUUCGGGAAAGUUUAUGUUGACCUUCGAAGACAUCUCAAGGACCAGCAUACAAUGACCUUAAAAGACCACAGUCAACUGAAAAGACCAACAGCUGAGGAAAUAGUUCAUUCCUACAAGAGCUUGGACUAUAUGAAAUAUAGGGCUGCUGAGAAAUGUCAAGUUGAGUCCUGUAUAGAAAAAGGUGUGCCAAUUCGUGACCUGACAAGGCAUUUGCGUAAAGUUCAUAGCAUGUCAUGUGGCUAUUAUAACAGCAACUAUCCAAAAUUGGAGCACGAAGCCAUUAUUUCCCCAGAGGCAAGCAAAGCAGCCCUUUCAGUUUUUUUGCAAGGAGAGGGGCAAUUCUUGCCAAAGCCUGAUAUUGUUGGACAGUUUGAUGAUCUUCCAGAAAUACCCCUAGAGUGUCCAACCAGCAGUUGGUCUAGUGAUUCUAGGACAGAUGAGCAAUUAAUCGAUGAAGAGAAAUUCUGGUACAUACGUCAGUGGUUGAAAGAAAAACCAUUCAGCUUGGUACACAAUGACACUGAAUACCCAAAGGAAGUAUUCAUCAGUUUUGAAACAGAACCAACUAAGGAAUUUCUUGGAACUGGAGACACUUUUUAUAGUGACAUUGAAAGUGGUUUUAAUGUUGUUACAAUUACAACCAUACAGAAAGAACUGUCUUCGCCCGCUGAAGAAUUUUAUUUUUUUCAGUCUUUCAAAGAUUCUCACAUCAAUUUUAAAUUAUUCGAUAAAAAAGUAUUUGGUUUCAUUUGUAAAUAUUGUAAUUUAAUCCAUACUACUAGGCUUCUCUCCCAUCAACUAUUUGUUGUCUAA